AUGAGACAUGCCCCCCCACCCCCCAACCUGGCUUUCGCCAAAAAAUCCAAGUCAGGCCUCCAGCUGGAGGUACUCAAGCUCUGGAGUACAGGGUCAUCCGUCCGUCCUGCGAGGGAGGCUCUCGGGCUGCGGGUUGCUGGGACCUGCUGGAGGCCUCGACAGGCCGUGCCUGCCCAGGGCUUUGUCCUAGUGGCCCGGGGUGGGUGCCCCAGAGCUACAGCCGACAGCGUCACGGUGGGCUGGAAACGUGCCUCUCCAGCUCGGCUCCCGCAACGCCCCGCAAAGCCUGCAGGUCUGGCUCCGCGGCUUCCUAGCGCAGGACCCGGCGGCCCUCGCCAGGAUGGAACCUCCUCCUCACUCCUCACGCCCCAGCCACCCCUUCACUCCGUUUCUCUCUGGGCUCUGGCACCGUUCCGGGAGGUGCACGUUCAGACACGCUUCCAGCCAGUGAAGAAGGCGUCAGUCUCGCCUUGUCUCAGACACCCACGAAAUUCAGAUCGAAAUUUUUUGGAGACUCACGCUCAUUCCCUAGGCUUUGUGAAGAAGGACCCACUGAGGAUGCCUGCCCUCUGCCUGGAUCCCUUUUCCCACCGCCCCAUCAACCCCGAGGUCUCCUCGCUGGGCUCCCCUCACCAGCCGGGUAAUCUCUUAGAGGAGAAAAAGGUCUCCGAAAAGGACCCCCGUCGACCAUAUGCUAGCGUGGGAACGUGA